CAACACCGACCCGGCGCAGGCAGAGGCAGGCAAAGGCAAGCAAAAGCGGCCACGCAAAGGAACGGCGCCCCCAAACUCGGUUCGGUUCCCGCUCGCUUCCUUCCCUUCCUCCACCACCACCCGCCCUCCACUUCCCGCACACACGAGAGAGAGUAGCUUCCAUGGAGAUGGAGGUGAUGGAGAUGGAGGUGGAGGACACCGGCGGCUGGGACUUCCUCGACUGGGUGGGCCCCGACACCUCCUCCUGCAUCUUCCAGCUCCUCGACGACCCCGCCGACCUCGCCCGCGCCGCCGCCGUCUCACGCUCCUGGCGCCAAUUCGUCAUCGACAACGGAUUCUGCAAGAGCCUGUGCCGACGGAUAUGCCCCGAGGUCGCCAACUUCACCCGCGCGGUCGUGGUGACCCGAUCGCCGCCGGCCGCCGCCGCCGCGGCGCGCGCCUCCUCCGGGUCCAGCCGCGACGCCGAGUCCAGGACCCGCGAGAGGGACCACGCCGUGUACUCCUGCCUCGGGGGCGCCCUCGUCUCCGACAAGCCCUCCAUGGACUGCAUCCUCCACUGCAUCGGGGCCUCCAGCACCGACUAUUUCCCCGACGAGACCAUAGACAACACGCUCGAGCCGCAGGAGCGCAUCAACCACCGCCCGUCGUACUGGUCCAGCGGCGGCGAGGUUGACCCCGACGUGCCGGAGAGCCUCACCUACAGGCUAAACUCUGAUAUCUGCAUCAUUGAUGAGGUCAGGAUACGGCCGUUCAAAGCUUUCUUUCAGAUUGGCGAUCCUAUCUACUCUUCAAAGGCGGUGCGAAUUCGGCUGGGACAUUCCAAGCUUCCUCCUGGAGAAGAGUCUUUUGUCACGGAUGAGAAUGAGAACCAGAAGGCAAUCGCUGAUGAAAAUUACGUGUGGACGUACACGUCACCGGAGUUCCCGAUGCUUCAGGAAAAUGUGCUACAAACCUUCAAGCUUCCGCGUCCUGUCCUUUGCGUCGGUGGGGUAGUGAAGAUUGAACUGCUGGGAAGAAUACAGAAACAAGCUACAGAUGAUAAGUAUUACAUAUGUGUCUGCCAUGCCCAAGUGAUGGGGCGUUCGCUUUCACCUGAAUUCAUGGUCGACAUCUCAGAUCCUGCUGAUUACUCAAUCCUCAAGUAUUUGCCAGGUGCCAGUAACUUGCGAGUAGAAGACAUAAUGAACAGUGACACUAAAGACUCCACGGAGUGGCACUCGCUUGUUGCUAGGUACAGGCAGAUGAGGCAUCGGGCGAUGCUGAAUAUGCUGCUUGGGCCUGUACACUUUAUGGAUGAAGACGACGAUGUGGGUGCUGUCACAGAUGAUGACAUUUACAUGUAGGCUUUGUUUGCCGGAUCCGGAUUGGAACAGUCUGUAACCUGAUUUGAACCAAGGUUUUUCAGAUGAGUAAAGUGAAAACAGUUGCCGUCGCUUGUUCUGGUUUUGCAACUCUGCUGGUUUUGCUCCGUUCUUGGCUUGUUCCUUAUCGACUGGCCAUGUUUCUGUUGGAUUGCUGAACAUCAUGGCAGAAUAUGUGAUUGUGGAUGUGCCUUUUGAAUGAAAUCCCGAAAUCUUUCUCGUUUGUUUCUUUCCCGCGAUCUAAAAGGAUUUUUUUUUCAAAGAAACCAGAGUCAUCUCGUCAGGAACCUAGUAGAAGAUCAAAUCUGACGCGCCCUGCCGGGUACCCUGCUCUCACGAGUCACGUGUGGAUUGGAUUCACAGCAGGUCACGAGUACCUGUGCGGCAGGUCAGCAGGACCCCGAGAUCGCCGAGUCUGACUUGAUGUGCUUUCCUCGCUCCAACACCUGGCAUCGAGUUAGUGGCGUCAGUGGAUCGAGGGCGGCGCGGGCGUUUGGCGCGGCAAUGGCGCCGGUCGCUGGCGGCGGCACGACCUCGUCGGCUGCCAUGGCGACAGUCGCUGGCGGCGGCACGACCUCGUCGGCUGCCAUGGCGAUGGCGCUGGCGGCGGCGCGCCUUGGCUGCCAUGGUGCCGGUCGCUGGCGGUCUCGCCGGCUGCCAUGGCGCCGCCCCGAGAAAUUUACAGGUUAGCCCCUUAUUGUUUUCAUAAAGCCCCCUGAUUUGGAUCGUCACUAUUAAUCGCGAUCCGAUGUUUUGCAAAUGAACCCCUCUUUCUAGGAUCAGCCGACGGCGCCGGCGACGACCGCCGCCGCACCUUCCGUCCAGACUCCAGAGCAGGCGCGAAGUCCAAACGAUCCAUUCCCCGCUUCCCGCUUCAAUCCUAUCACAAGCUUGACAGAGUAUUCACGGGCCCCUUUAACCAUGUAGAAGGUUCGGGAGGACGCGAUUCGCCGGAUCCGAUGUAUCCGUCGCCAAUCCACCGCCAUCAACUGGAGCCGCAAAUGCUGCCGCACAGUGGUCACCACUCACCAGUGCGACGGAAUGGGAGAAUUUGGCGAAGGAUAGUCACCGGUGCUGCUGCGGAAGGAAUGUGUGGUGACCGCAAGACAUUGGCAUGAAAUGUAGCGCCGAAUUUGCUACCAAUUUGCCACAUACAAGCUGAAUUACACUCUCUCACACAACCAGAGUCUCCUUGAUGUGCUGAUGGAAUGGAACUGAGUCUUAUUCUUGAUGAGCUUAUUAGUACCUCUCCUGGGCCUGAGAAGUUGAUUGAUGUGCUGGAAACAAGACCUGGAAGAACCAUACUGUGUACACGCACUCCAUCUUCUCCAAGUAAUUGGCCUCUUGCCUUUGCCAAAAUAUCAGUCAAUUAGUUUUGGAAACAUAUUUUGGUAUUGUGUGUUCUUUGCAGAGGUGAAGAAUUAAUGAGGAAUGAACACAAGAGAAGAGACUGUUUCUGUAGCAUCUAGGAAGAUGCAAUUGCAAUAUCUUUUAUCGACACUUACUGGACUACUGGUGGACAAUUGACAUACCUGCUUGACAUUGUCAUAAACAGUUGAAGGUUCACUGAAAUCAACCACCACACCAGUUGCUCUGGACUGAAAGAACAGACAGCGCAAAUUAGCCAAAGAUGCCCUGAAGAAGCAGCCGGGAAUUUACAGCGGCAAGGUCUGUACUUGUGCUAUGGAGCCCAGAACCAUAGUGAGAUCAUUGAGCACCGGAAGUUCUAGCGGUUCCUCCAUGCCACUUAUCUGAAGCGCAAUGCCAGCAUUCACAAACAGUUUGAGAUAAAGAACACAAGCAGCAGCUUCGCGAUGGAAAUGCAGAGACAAAUGCAGGGGAAAUAAGCACAUUGAAUGAACGGUGAGCACCUGUCCUGCGUCUUCUCCAAUGCACUGGGAAUCGAUGGCUCCUGCAAGCUCCAUCCCCCUGGCUUUACACACUGCAGCAAUCGCCGUCCUCCCAAUUUCCUUCGUGGCCCCAAUGAUAACAACCUGGACGUAAUAACACCGGCAGGCUUUGCCCUCAGAACGAAGCUAACGGAGACAGGGAAGUUGGCUUCUUCAAUAACACAAGCUACAGUGGAGUACCUUACCUUGAUUGUGCUCUGGGACGGUGGUGGCGUCUCCAUGGAGCAGAAGACCUUGGCUGCAUUUCUCCUAACAAAUUUUCCGCAUGUUGUGAUUCGAACAGGGUGGCAUAACGAAACCAUCUUCGGCAGAGAUAGAGCUGGAGUUAGGUCAGUGUGCUUUGUCCUCCCGUUUGUAUCUUCCACUGCCCUGGGGGCUAUCUUAAUUCUUAUCUUGUUUGAAA